AUGUCGGCCAUUCGCUCCGACUCGUUGGUGGAGGGAGUCGUAUCUGUCUCCGGCCACGAUGUGUUCGAUGAGAAGACAACGAUCAAUGUCACGGCCAAAGAUAAUCACCACGCUACCACGACCUCCUUGGGCUCGGGCUCGGGCUCGAAUGAGGAGGAUCGGAACAGUGACGAUGUGAUCAUUGUCGAUGGCACGGCGGCGGCAAACUAUUUGCUCCCUAUGCGGGAUGAUGGGGAUGCGGCUUUGACAUUCCGGAGUCUCAUUCUCGCCUCGGGUCUCGCCUGCUUCCAGGCCGUCAUGUAUCAGAUCUACAUGUUCAAACCGACCGCCAUUACCAUCCAGGGAACUUUCAUCGUGCUCAUCUCUUACUUUCUGGGCAAAGCCUGGGCCAACUUCCUCCCCCGCGGGGACAAUUUCGAGGCAAGAUGGCGGGCUCGGGGGGGCAUCCUCAAAUUCCUCAAUAAUGGGCCAUGGACAUUGAAGGAACAUGCAGUCUGCUCCAUUACCGCCACCGCAGCAUCAAAUGCCUCUGUCGCCUCAGAAGUAUUUUCCGCGCAGAUCUUAUUUUACAACAUGUCACUGAGCCCCGCCACUGUCAUCUUGAGUACAAUUUCCAUUGGCCUGUUCGGCUACGGAAUCUGUGGAAUCAUGCGCCCGAUCGCGGUCUGGCACGUCGAUGCCGUCUACUGGAGUACUUUGCCUACUGUCAAAGUCCUCCAAGGACUCCACUGGCAAGACCUGAAGAAUUCAAAGCCACUGAGAUACUUCUGGUAUUCUUUCACAGGUAUGACUCUCUACGAAAUAUUUCCUGCCUACAUUUUUGUCUGGCUCAACUCGGUCUCAAUUCCGUGUCUCGCUUCGAUGAAGGCCACUGGUAGUAAGGCUGCUGUUCUUACUAAUCUCUUUGGCGGAGCCUCCAACAAUGAGGGUCUGGGCUUGUUCAGUCUCUCUUUCGACUGGCAAUAUAUCACCUCUUUCCAAACCGCGCUUCCCCUUUCGCUCCAAGUCCACCAGGCUAUCGGGUUCCUUAUUUGCUUUAUUGCUAUGCUCGGUAUUUACUACGGAAAUGGAUGGAAUUCGAGAUCGCUUCCAUUUAUGUCAACUAAACUUCUCAUGAGCAAUGGAACGACUUACCCCGUCGAUGAGGUCUUUGUCGAUGGGGUGCUUGAUGAGUCUGCCCUGCUCAAAUACGGAAUACCCAAGUUGAGCGGAAGCUUUGCAUUUGCCAUGUUCAUGGCGAAUGCUGCCAUCGGCGCCCUCAUUGUCCACUGUAUCCUGUUCUGGGGCAAGGACAUCUGGAGCACGUUCAAGAAAGCCAGGGAAGGUCGGUAUGAUGACAGACAUCACGAGCAUAUGGCAAAACACUACAAAGAAGCGCCAUGGUAUUGGUAUGCGGCAGUGCUGGUCGUGAGCUUCGUCCUGGGACUUAUCGUGGUCUUGAAAGAGGAUAUUUCGCUCCCGGCCUGGGCAUAUAUCGUAUCCCUGGUUGUUGGAAUCAUCAUUUCGCCCUUUAGCACCAUACUGUAUUCUCGAUAUGGAAAUGGCAUUGCUACGAACAAUCUGUCAAAAAUGCUGGGUGGUCUGAUGAUCCCUGGACGACCAGUUGGCAAUAUGUAUUUUGCGGCUUGGUCUCACAACGUCAUCUCAAAUGCAGUCAAUCUCUCGAACGAUCUGAAGAUGGGCGAAUAUCUUAAAAUCCCACCACGCGUCAUGUUCCUAACCCAGAUCUGGGGCACUAUGCUUGGCGGGUUUAUCAACUACGCUGUGAUGAUCUCAAUUGUAAAAAACAACAAGGAAGUUCUCGUCUCCGGCAACGGUAGUAAUUCCUGGAGUGGUGCCACGCUGCAGGCCUACAAUACCAAUGCAACCUCCUGGGCCCUGGCUUCUUAUCUCUACAAGGCUGGCGCCCAGUAUGCAAUGGUGCCUAUUGGCAUUGCCAUCGGGGGUGCGGCUGUUGUCGCCCAUCGUUUUUUCUAUCAAUUCUUUCCCAAAAUCCGCGGGCUAGAUGUUGCGGAGAUCAACAUGCCGCAGUUCAUUCAGUAUGCUGGCUAUAUCCCUUAUAAUCAGAGCCAGACUUGCGUUAUUUUCAGCUGGCUCAUAGCUGGUUUCUAUGUCCAGUACUAUCUCCGCAACUACCGCCCCAAAAUUUUCAAGGAUUAUUCAUACUUGAUCACUGGUGCUUUUGAUGGAGGUAGUCUGACCGUGCUGUUCAUUCUGUCUUUUGCAGUGUUCGGCGCUGGAGGCCCUGCCCAUGCCUUCCCGUCAUGGUGGGGUAAUAACUCCAAUGGCUAUUAUGAUCUUUGCCCAGUUUCUGAUUAG